UAAUCAUAAUAAAUCUAAUUCUGCGGCCUGCAUCGGCUGCUUUGCUUGACGAAACAAUAUAGACCAGUUGCUCAAACCCAGUCGGAAUCGGUUGCUGUUGCUGUGAAGUCAUUGAAAAUUGACUCAUUCAAGUAAAUCUUAAUCUUCCCCUUUUUUCGAUUCCUAGUUCUCUUUUGGUAGUUUGGCAAUUGGCAAUGACCUCUAUAUCUAUACUCCUCCUCAGAAGAACCACUAAACCCAUCAAAAAAAUCAUCUUCCCAAUCCCAAUCCCAGACCCAACAACACAAAUCCCUCAUUUCACCCAAAACCACCCAUCAUGUCCAUGUCCUCCACGACCGUACCAAAUUAUUCACUCUUUUUCAACUCAGUCCUCCAAAUUCCCCGAAUACGAAAUGCCCUCUGUCACCUGGGGUGUCAUCCAGGGCCGUAAAGAAAGGCUCGUUUCUCGUGUCAUCAUUUGUGAUUACCUCAAAACUUUAGGCAUAAUUUCCGACGAACUCGAACAACUCGAGCUCCCCUCCACCGUCGACGUCAUGAGGGAGCGUGUCGAGUUCUUACAAAAGCUAGGAUUGACCAUUGAUGAUAUUAACCAAUACCCAUUAAUGCUAGCCUGUAGUGUGCGCAAGAAUAUCAUUCCUGUCUUGGGUUACUUGGAGAAAAUUGGGAUUCCCAGGUCUAAACUAGGAGAGUUUGUUAACAACUACCCUCAAGUAUUGCACGCUAGCGUUGUCGUUGAGCUUGCCCCCGUUGUUAAGUUCCUUCGUGGCCUAGAUGUUGAGAAGCAGGAUAUAGGCUAUGUUUUGGGCAAGUAUCCUGAGCUUCUUGGGUUUAAGCUUGAAGGGACAAUGAGUACUUCUGUUGCCUAUCUUGUUAGUAUUGGUGUGCGUCCUAGAGAUAUUGGUCCCAUGGUUACACAGUAUCCUUAUUUGUUGGGGAUGAGAGUUGGGACUAUGAUUAAACCGCUCGUGGAUUAUUUGGUUUCUUUGGGUUUGCCCAAGACAAUUCUAGCUAGGAUGUUGGAGAAGCGCGCGUAUAUACUUGGUUAUGAUCUUGAAGAGACUGUUAAACCCAAUGUGGAAUGUUUGCUAAGUUUCGGGAUUAGGAAGGAAGCACUUGCUUCUGUUAUUGCUCAGUACCCGCAAAUCCUUGGCCUGCCUUUGAAAGCUAAGUUGUCUUCGCAGCAAUACUUUUUCAAUUUGAAGCUCAAGAUCGAUCCUCAAGGGUUUGCACAAGUGAUAGAGAAGAUGCCGCAAAUAGUUAGCCUUCACCAACAUGUGAUUAUGAAACCUGUUGAGUUCCUCUUGGCGCGGGCAUUGCCCUCUGAGGAUGUGGCCAAGAUGGUUGUGAAAUGUCCUCAAUUAGUUGCAUCGCGAGUUGAGCUCAUGAAGAACAGUUAUUACUUUUUCAAGAGUGAGAUGGGGAGACCUCUGAAAGAACUCGUGGAAUUUCCAGAAUAUUUUACGUAUAGCUUGGAGUCCAGGAUUAAACCCAGGUACCAGAGGUUAAAGAGCAAGGGAAUCCGGUGUUCCUUGAAUUGGCUCCUCAACUGCAGUGAUCAGAGAUUUGAAGAGAGAUUGCAGGGUGAUUAUAUUGAAACAGAGAGUAUAGGCCCAACAUUUUGUAUGGGUGGAAAGUUAGAACUACCAGGGAAUGAGAUUGUGUCAGAUGAGGAAGAUGAGAGUGAGGAUGAAGUACUUUUCAGACGCACUGUAUCUCUCUAGUUAAUCAAUAACUCAAAUUUAAAUGAAUAUGGUAUUCAUUUAGAUUGAAUUUUGUUUAUGGUUUUUUUUUUUUUUAAAUGAAAUAUGAUUCUUAGUUUCUGUUGUUUU